AUAAUUUAUACAAACUAGUCAUUUUAAGCUCAAGGAACACAUUCUCAUUUCUGCUAAGCAUCUGUUGUUUAACACUUUGAAGGUCGGCCAUAGUGUCAUACUUUGGACAGAAUGAAGAUUGGCGAACUCCGACCAGAGCAGUCGGCUACAGUUGAAGCUCUAGUACGCGAACUACAGAACUUAGAUAGCAACGCAUUUCCUGCUUUGUACUCUUUGGCGGAAAAUGAGCUGUUUCGUCUGCGUGGCGGCAUUGCGGACUCAUUUGACUUGGUCAGUAACAAACCAGUGAAAGUAAGGGCAAAAAUAGAGAUACCGCAGUCGCAAUACCCUACUGUUAAUUUUGUUGGGAAACUUCUUGGCCCUGGGGGUCAGACGUUAAGAGCGGUGCAAGAAACUACCAAAACUAAAAUGGCGAUCUUAGGUGCUGGCAGUUUGAGAGAUGACGCUAAGGAAAAGCAGCUACUUUCGAAUGGUGAUCCGAAGUAUCAGCACCUCAAACAGAAACUGCACUUACAAGUUGAUAGUUUAGGACCACCCUCCGAAUCGUGUUAUCGGUUAGCCCAUGCACUAGCGGAAGUACGGAAGAUUAUGCUACCAGAACAAACAGAAUCCACAACUCAGCAGUGGGUUCAGCAAAACCAGCCGCUGCCCGUGGCUGGGAGAAAUGUUCCUGUGAGACCCAUACGCCCUCCGUUACGUGGCCCACCGCCCCAAGUUUCCUUUCCUGCACCUCAAAUGCAGCUCCCCUUCCGCGGUCGAGGCAAACCCUGGAUAGGAAGGGGUGUUGCUAAGAAUGGCGUUUCUGUUCAACCACCGGUUCCUGUGGCUCCCGAAGUGUUUACCAAUGAUGUUAAUACAGUUGCUUACCCUCCAAUAACACUAUAUGAGCAGACCGAUUUCAAUUCAAAUGUUUUCGAGGACUUCGGGACAAACUACGCAUUCAGUGUGAAUCACUUGGAAGUGAGAAACUCAAUAAGUUUUUACGCCGUUUAGUCAUUUCAAAACAUGUGAACCAUAUUUAAAUUUAUUGGCUGGUAUAUUUAUGUCUUAAAAUGGAGUGACUAAUAAACCCGCGUUCUGAGAACAGUUUGGGUGUACUCUUCGAAGAUGCAACAUGGUUUGAAUUAUAUUCUUCCUUGGGAAAUGAGUUCGUUAUCUUAACUUUUUCGUCUUUGAAAUCAACUUUCAUCUGUCAACUAAUGUUUACACGUACAAGCGUCACUGAGUCGACAUUCGCAUACCAACAAACAAAUACAAAUCUCAUCUGUUUGUGUGAUACAAUGAAAAAUAUGAUUGCUGUUUGUAUCUGACAAUUGUGCUAAUAUAAUUGAUAGAAUGAAACGGUUUACACUGAUUGGAGGUGAAUUGCGUUCAGGGUAAGUAAUUUCAAGUAUUGCCAUUGAGAGAUCAGCGUACAGAAAUCAUCACAAACAGGUAAGUUAUCUAAAUGUCGUGAUAUCCCAUUUCAUCUGUGAGGCAAAUGGUGUAGGUAGAUAUUGAAGCUAGCUGGUUAGUUGUUAUGGUCAGAUAACCGAAUCUCAAUUGCUAUUGAUUGCAUUUAAUUUCUUAGAUUUGACGGUACCUGAACAUUUUUUUCAAACAACUAGCUUUAUGAAGUUAAUUAAAUCUCAACGUAUUUGAAAUAAUACAAUCUUGAAAAUUACCUCAACUCUGAAACCCAAAAAAUGACUGCUGAAAUUUUUCAUGAAACUGCAUUACAGUCAGUCAAAAUUUGUGGCAUCUCAUUGAUCAAAUAAGAACUUGACUUCGCACAACUUAGUCUUAAUACUAUGAUAGGUAUUUUAGCGUUUUGUAGACGUCGGCAUGCGAUAUACGGUUAUAAAUAAACUUUCAUUUGGAUUGUUGUUAACCAAACCAUUUCAAAAAGUGAGCUUUAUGUGAUCUGAAGAAACAGUUGUUUCAAAAAUUUCCGCUCAGUGCAAAAGUAUCUUAGGAAAAGAAAAAAAAGGAACCGAAAUAUAUCAUCAGCAGCUUAGAAUGUAUUAGCUUUCCCAUGAAUAUUAAUAAAACUAUGUAAAAAGAAAAAGUUUUUCGCCAAACUAUCAUGGAUUAGUGCUUUAGUUCCGCUAAAACAUCAUAGGAUAUCAGAAUUCACCCCCUAUUUCCUAAAAUUUGGAGUUUUUAGUAUACCUUUUGGUUCAGCCAACCAAAAUUCUGGUAUCCGGUUGUGAUACAACAUUAUUUCACCCAUUUUAAUAAUCAUCAUGUUGAUUGCAUCUCGCUUGGGUCAACACACACCUUUGCCAGUCUCUUGCGUGGGAAAUUAUUGAUUGAUGCCACAUAUAUUUAAAGCACCAGUAAUUUUUAUUGGUUCAAAAAUUUCAGAUACACGAACUAUUAAAAUCCUAGAAUGUGUAGUAGACGGCAUAUAUGAGUUUGAAACAUUAGGAGUACUGUAGAAAUCACAAAUCGUCGAGCUUGAACAGAAACCAUAGUGUUUCGGUGUUCACCUAUUGACCAGUAAUCUUGAAUUAACUCAUUUUUAAUUCUGAUAUGAACAUCUUGUCGUUCAUUUUGUAUAUACAUAUUCCAUCAUGCUUUUUCCUCAUUGCUGACCAUUUUCACGAACUCCUAUUCUCAGCUUUAUUUUCUGAAUUUGAGCACAUUUGUUAUAUCGUAAUAUUUUGUUUUACUAUGUUCAUCUACGCGCUGGUUAUACAUUUAUUCAUUAAAAUUCUCAAAUAUUUCCAUAUUUCUAAAUAAUUUAAAAAUAUAUGUACACUAAUGCACUUCAUACAAAUAUCGUAGUCAUUUAUGUUAUUUGUGGUUCUAUCAGCUAAAUAUGUUACCUGGUUAGUACUAGUUCAAAUCCCAUGGGAGGCAUAAUUAUUCAUGUAUUUCAUUUCCUAGAAAUUCCGCAACGUCUUUGGAGUUUACACAGUUAACAUGCCAUUGAAUAACUAAGAUAAUAAGCAACAAGUUCAAUUACAGUACGAUUUAUUUGAGGAUUAUUGAUGUUACAAAAUGUUUUGUAGUGCUUUGUAUUUACCACUAAAUUGUAAUGAUGCAAACAGAAAACACGUCUGAAUACUUAGUGGUUUCGAUAUCGUAAACUUUGGUUUCAAGUUUAGUGGAUUUGUGUAAAAGUUCCUAUACUGUAUUUGUUUCUCUUCCGCAGUGCCGACAUAAGAUCAGGCUUGUAAUGACUAAUACAAUUAGGUGUUAUUACCGAAGGACUUACUUCGCGAACUACUAAAAUUUAUGGGUUAAAUAUAACAAUUACUGGCGAUACCAGUUGUAUAGUUAUUUCUUUGUUAGGUUCUUACCAUAAUAAGUGAUAAUGUUUGCUUAUCUGUUAAACAUAUUUUAUUGUUUGGUCUUGCAGAACAACAACCACUAGGAUUUCCUCAAAUAUUCGAUAGCCACUUACAGAUGAUUAAAUGCCUGUUGUGCUAGUAUCUAAUCUAAAACGAAAUUGCCAGACAGUACUUCUAGAGGAUCUUGGUGAAUCUUGCCACAUAAUGGAAGAAAACUCAGUGGACAAUCAUCUAAUAAUGAAUCAGUCAGAGCAAGACAUUGGAUUGAGGCCGUAGUAUAAAUUUAUAUUGUUUUGAAAUGUAUAUAAUAAGUUUACUUUUUUCAUAAAUAUCGACUAUUCGCUAUCAACACCCGAGUUUCUUUCUAAUAUUCCAUGACUAGGCGAAACAUCUUGAACCAUAACAAACCACGUCUCGUAGCUAGUUGGGUAGUCGCCUUCCCACUUGUAUAUUUAUUAUGCUUUUAAAACUCUCUAGAUGAUCAAAGUCAUGUUAAAUAACAUAAAUACGCACAAUUAUCUGUACAUACAUAACCUUGGAGUAAAGUCUUUCUUGUAUUUCACGGACUGAAUGUAUACUGCUGCAAGUUUAACUUAUUGCUAGUGUAUCUAACAACCCGGUGUUUACGAGCUGUUUGCCAAUUCCUGGGUUUUGGUAUCUAUAUAUACAAAGAUAUUUAUAAGUUCGUUUCACAAUGUGAAUUUUAUGACAUUGAAAAGGUGAUUGUUUAAGCCUCAAGAAUUUUCUGUAUAUCCGUUUUUGACGAUGACAACUAAUCGUUAUCACUAAUCUACAUUUUCGACUUCAUCAGUUUUUAUUUUGAAGCCUAAACAGACCUGUAUUAUUAUUUUUGUCAGGUUAACUGCGAUAUAUACUCUUUCCUCUUGCAUAUUGUGUUUCGUUUGAAAUUUUCGAGGAAUAAGGUGACAACGUCCCCGUUGCCGACUUGAAUGACCUGUCGAACUGCCAGUUACUCCGAUACAUUGACGAUGUAUUUAUCGGGUUGCCGGAAAGUAUAAUUGUGAAAUGUCUAAUUUGUUUUCUUUUGGCCAACCACAAUAAACAGCGAGUCAAGUAGACUUUCUUCGUUGUUGAUCUGGUUUCUAUAUUCUUCUUGUUAUGAUGAGCUUGUUCAAAGAUGCGAAUCCGGCAAUUUAAGGUUUUUGAAUAAAUGUUCUCAUUCGCUGA